AUGUAUACGGAUUCCCUUUUACCAAAAUCGUCACCUUCUCCACGGUUUCAGAAUAAUGUUCUGGAAGGUACACCGGCCUUAAGUUCAACCAUGGAACGACAGGGUUCUGGCGACAACUCACCUGUCUCCUCCAAAUCCGUUCAAAGGCACCAGACAGAAUUAAGCAUCUGCUUAUCCGAUGCUUCACGCGGUAUUAUGCGUACCAAUCGGAUCAUUCGAGGUGUGGUCAAGCUGCAUGCAGCAACCCGAAUCAGCGUUUCUCAAAUCCGUAUUAAAUUCCGAGCUGAAGAAGUGGCCACUGCGAAAGUACGCGAAACGGGAUUUGAUUUCAAUGUGGAUCGAAUUGACCAGGCGACAACGACUUACUUUGAAGUGACAGGCAUUGUUUGGGGAGAAGAAUCCAAAGCAUUCUGUCUGAAUACAUGGGAGGAACUUGAGCCUGGCGACCAUGAGUUUCCGUUUGCGUUAAAGUUUCCAAACGUGAACUUUCCUCCUUCGGUAGACGAUUUACCGGGGUUCUGGGUACGAUAUAUUUGGACGGCGUAUCUGGAUGCGCCGAUGCAUCAUCCCAGUCACCGCAGUAAAGAUUAUGUGAUUCCAUAUCGACCCAUCAUAUGUGCGCCGCCUGGUCGAGAAUGGGCUCAUCACGAAUUAUUAUACAGUGAAAAAAAGGUGCCCAUAGCUCAAGUACGAUUAAAGCUAGCGAAGCAAGCGUUUUGUCCCGAGGAAUACAUGGAUAUGGAGUUAAAUGUGCGUAUGGUCCCUUCGGAAGCGAUUGUGGCCGGUAUCAAUUUUGCAUUACUGAAACAGUACGAUGGCAUCUUACUUGGCAACAUCCGUCGUCAGCAUCAACGCACGGUUUUACAGUCAUCCAUUUCUAUGAGUGGCAACGCGAGCGAAAUCACGGUUCCUAUCCGUUUCCAGAUACCCACACGGUUAACGUCGCCCUGUUUUACUUCCAAAUAUAUCCGCGUUUACUACAGGCUCUCCUUUAGCAUUCAGUUCAGCACGGUCGGAUCACUACGCAUCAAAGCCGGGAAAGCCGUUACGUUUAGUGUGCCUAUAGGAAUUGCCAAUUUACCAUACAGCCAGUUCUCACAUGUCCCGGAACUCAGCUCGAUCGAAAGCUAUGAGGAUUCGAAACAGGCGCCCGUGUUUUUCGAUCCAACCUUGGAAGACAUGCCCCAGGGAUACGUGAAUGAUAUGACGUCGAUCCCGGCGCAAUCGCCACCUAAUUAUUUUAGUUUGCCGAGAGCUCCGCACCUGUAUUCACACGUGAAAGAACGCAAUGAACACACGGUGUGGACAAGUCGGUUCGUCAAACCUGGAUUUGCGCCCGAAUUAGGUGACCCCUUGACCGCAGCCUCCAAUUUCAGGGAUUAUAACGGAUGGUAA